AUGCUUGGUGCCAACGACACCUUUUCCGGGGCAUCCUUCUACGAGUUAGAUCCGCUUGCACCAGACAAUCUACCUGAACAUGUAGAAAAAGACCUCUCUUUUCUACUCCGGCAUAGCAAUUUCCAUCCCCUCUCUCAUCUUGACAUCCCUCCGCCACUACGAUCUGAAUUCCUUAUCCUUAACCCAGGGGACCCUCUAUCAACCACCCUAGGCACUCUCGAACAGCUAUUGGCUGAGGGUCGAUUCCUCAUUGCGGCGCAUUUCUCUGCUUCAAUCUUGACCUCGUCUUUAAUAUCUCCGACGGAUAUAAAGAUUAUCUUCUCUCUUUUCUACACACGCCUAGCCUGUUUGGAUCUGUCGGGCAAUACAAUUCUCGCAGCACAGGAAUCGAAAAACCUGGAAGAUUUGAGUUCGGUAUUUUAUUACAUCGAUCUCAACCUUGAAUCGGCUGCAGUCGAUAAUGAAGGCCCAGAACAAGAACAAGCCCAUACCCAGGAUCCUCGUCAUAUUGUUCCAUGGCCGCUUCGCGUAUUGGCCGUUAGACUUCAGAGUAUAGGCUUUGGUGACUCUCGCCGAAGUAUUGGUGGUUUGUACGAAAUUGGCCUGGAAGCACGCCGGGAGGUAAUGAGAACCGGAGCUACUGAAGCUGAGCGAGAAGUAUGGAGACAGCGAUUGGCAGAUCUGGGGAUAAGGAGCGUGAAUUCGCUCAUCGAGAUGGGUGACUUCGAUGCAGCCAGGAGGUCGCUUGAUAGCCUCCGGGUACCUGGGCCAGAGUCAGAUAUCACAAAAUUGAGGAAAGCACUUUUGCUUUUACGGAUCGGUGAUCUGGACGCAGCAAGCCAGGUAUUUAGUGACACUGAUGAGAAAACAGAGGCUGCUUUAUUGAAGCCUCUGAUAAGCAUGUCAGAUGGUCGCUUUUCCGAUGCAGUAGCUGAAUGGCGCAUUCUCGCGGAGGAUAGAACAAGAACAGAUGGAGCUCUGGUAGCUCAAAAUCUGGCUGUGUGUCUUCUAUACAUUGGGCAACUUGACGAGUCUCGUCGGCUCCUUGAAGCCCAGAUCUCAUCCAACCAGUCAUUUGGUAGUUUGAUAUUCAAUCUGUCAACGGUCUACGAGCUUUGUACCGACAGAUCAACUCAAAUGAAGGGACAGCUGGCGGAUAUGCUAUCAAAACAACCUGUCAUCGGACAGACGAAUCUAGAUCGUCCAAACUCAGACUUGAAGUUAUAA